GGAAGCAGAGUGCUGGAGGAGUGAUUGUGCUGGAGCCAGGCAGGCUGAGGGGAGCACACUGACAGCACUGCACUGACAGCACUGCACUGGGAGGGAGGGAGAGCAUGGCCACACUGCAUACAGGACACUGACAAGGUAUUGGAGCAGGAUGGACGAAGAAACUAAGUUGCCCAUUGUGGGUCUGAGUGUGGCUGUCUUCUCCAGCUUCCUCAAUGGCUCCACGUUUGUGUUGCAGAAGAAGGGCAUCCUGAGAGCUCGCACCAGAGGUGUGUCCUAUCUUACAGACACGAUUUGGUGGGCAGGUACCAUCUCAAUGGCACUUGGACAGAUUGGCAAUUUCUUGGCAUACACUGCUGCUCCCGCAGUGCUGGUGACUCCUCUUGGUGCUUUGGGCAUUCCAUUUGGGUCUCUUCUAGCUUCUUAUAUAUUGAAAGAGAAACUUAAUUUUCUUGGUAAAUUGGGAUGUCUUCUCAGCUGUGUGGGCUCCAUUAUUCUGGUUAUACAUUCCCCAAAAUCAGAGAGCAUAACGUCACGAGCUGAUCUUGAAGAAAAAAUGACCAACCCAGUAUUCCUGAUCUACCUCGGUGUUGUUCUUCUGGUGCUGAUCUUGUUGAUAUUCUGGAUAGCACCAGUUCACGGGGACAAGAACAUAAUGGUUUACAUUGGUGUUUGCUCACUGUUAGGCACCUUCACUGUGCCCUGCACUAAAGGUAUUGGGUUGGUUGCCCAGGAUGCAUUUAAUAGCAGUCCAACUAGCACUAGAGCCACUUAUGUUUUCCUGACCCUCGUAGCAGUGUUGGGCUGCAGCAUCCUCAUUCAGUUUAGAUAUAUCAACAAAGCACUGGAAUCAUUUGACUCCUGCAUAUUUAGUGCCAUCUAUUACGUAACAUUUACGACGCUAGUCCUGCUGGCAACAGCUAUCCUCUUCCAAGAAUGGAACAAAGUGGGAGCAGUUGACUUUUUGGCUAUUGUUUGUGGAUUUACCACUAUAUCCACUGGAGUCGUCCUAAUCCAGAUGUUUAAGGAGCUCAGUGUCACUUUCCGAGAGCUGAACAAGAUAACAGAAAAGACAGAAUAAUACAGAGUGGCAAACCUAAUUUUAUUUCUAUUUCAACUAAAAACUGACCGUACUAAUAAUUCCUCAUAUUUACUUUGGAAUGUGACUAAACUCAUAUAAGUGAGCACAUAAAUGCGUCUGGAUAUUUUCACCAUAAAUAUAGAAAUCGUGUGUUAAUCAAAAGUAAAGUAAUUACAAGCUUAAUAUUAUUUGACCUAGACCGGAGUGAUAGAUGCUUGAAUACUGUUUUACAGAUUGCUUUCUUCCCGGGGCUUGGCUAAGGUCACAUCUUACAUACAUUGCAUAAGCACAAUGUAUCUUACUGCUGCUAAAAUGCACAGUGCAGUCUCCAUUUACACAGCAAUGUGUACCUGGAAAAUCAUUGUGCGAUGUCAUGAAGAAAUGCAACUAAAUCAAAAUGGUGGGUCCAUGGGGAUUCUACAUAAGAAGUAAAUUGUAAUUACAGGAUUGAGUAGAAACCAGUAUUGCAACAGCAUCAAUGCAAAUAAUUAUAUUUGACCUAUUACAGUAUUGUGUUUUUCUAACAAUUUCCCUUUAUGAUCUCUGGUGUCUCAGGUAAUCUGCAGUCUUAUUUAUCAAUAAUUAUGUUUUAGG